AUGGCGAGAAAGUUAACUUUAGUACUAUGCUUAGUCGUAGUGGCUUUAGUGGCUGCUUCUUUGAGUGUAGAGGCUAGGGAUCUUAGUAAAAAGGAGGGAGAUGAUGUGAAGAAGCCGGAGACGUAUUUUGGUGGAGUUGGUGGUGGGGUUGCUGGCGGAGUAGUUGGUGGUGUUGUUGGAUGGAAGAAAGGGUGGGGUUUUGGCAUUGGGAAAGGAGUUGGAGUAGGAGUAGUAGGGAAGCCUGAUUGCUACGGGAAAGGAGGAAGUGGUGCUGGUGUUGGAGGUGGCUCUGGAGGACAUGGAAAGGGUGGUUACUAUGGAGGUGGUGGUGGUGGCGCCGGAGGGGGAGCUGGAGUUGGAGGUGGCUCAGGAGGUGUUGUCGGUGGUGGUGGUGGUGGAGGAGGUCAUGGGAAGGGUGGCUACUAUGGAGGCGGUGGUGGGAAGCACCACAGCGGGAAAAAACAUUAUGGUGGAAGCGGCGGAGGUGUAGGAGGAGGAAGCGGGGGUGGUGUUGGUGGAGGAAUUGGCAAAGGAGUUGGAGGAGGUGUAGGAGGAGUAGUCGGUGGUGGCAUUGUUGGAGGAGUUGGUGGAGGAAUAGGCAAAGGAAUUGGAGGAGGAAUAGGCAAAGGUAUUGGAGGAGGUGUAGGAGCAGGAGUCGGCGGUGGUAUUGUUGGAGGAGUUGGUGGAGGGAUAGGUAAAGGAAUUGGAGGAGGAAUAGGAAAAGGUAUUGGAGGAGGCGUAGGAGCAGGAGUCGGCGGUGGUGUUGUUGGAGGAGUUGGCGGGGGAAUAGGCAAAGGAAUUGGAGGAGGAAUAGGAAAAGGUAUCGGAGGAGGCGUAGGAGGAGUAGUAGGUGGUGGUGUUGUUGGUGGAGUUGGUGGGGGAAUAGGAAAAGGCAUUGGAGGAGGAAUAGGCAAAGGCAUUGGAGGCGGCAUAGGUAGUGGCAUUGGUAGUGGAAUAGGGGGAGGCAUUGGAAAGGGAAUUGGCGGGGGAGUAGGUGGAGGUAUUUGGAAGGGUAUUGGAGGAGGUAUUGGAGGUGGCAUCUAUAAAGGAAUUGGAGGAGGAAUAGGACAUGGUAUUGGAGGAGGAAUAGGACACGGCAUUGGAGGUGGAGUAGGCGGAGGUAUUGUUGGAGGAGUAGGUGGAGGCAUAUGGAAGGGAGUUGGUGGAGGCAUCGGAGGGGGCUACGAUAAAGGCAUUGGAGGAGGAAUUGGAAAAGGUAUUGGUGGUGGAAUCGGCGGAGGCAUCUACAAAGGAAUUGGAAGUGGAAUUAGCGGAGGUAUCUAUAAAGGAAUCGGUGGUGGAAUUGGUGGAGGUAUUUGGAAGGGCGUAGGUGGAGGUAUCGGAGGUGGAUACGGUAAAGGAAUUGGAGGAGGAAUUGGAAAAGGUAUUGGUGGUGGAAUUGGAGGAGGUAUUUGGAAGGGAAUUGGUGGAGGAAUCGGAAGCGGGAUUGGUAAAAAGUCUGUAGGAGCAACUGUUGUUGCCCAUGAAACACCAUCACGACACUGA